AUGGCAGACGAAGGCAAAAAUACUAAAAGUUCCUCUCCACCACCACCAGGUAAAGAGGACAUGCCCUCUUUUCCAAGGGAACAGGAGGGAGCUGAUGAGAAGCCACCAGAAGGUGCACAGGCAGAUCACAGUGGUGUCCAAGAAAGCAAAACUAGUCUUCCAGAGGAAUCACCAACUGCAGAGGAACAGGAGGAAGAAGAGGUAGAAAAGAAAAUCUCGGAAACUUUCUUCUAUAACUAUGAAGAUAUAUGUUCACGGCCAUUUGUCACUGAAGACUCUGCGAUACCAAUUAACCUUCUUACUCUUAAACAUUCUUUUGGAUAUGACUGCAGCAGAAGUGUAAACCUGCUGCUGAUGGAUAGCCAAACUCUGAUGUAUAUAGCAGGCAACCAAGUGGUGCUUCUGGACCUGAAAACUAAAUCUCAAAGUUAUCUCCGGAGCAGCAGUGGUGGUGGCAUUGGGUUUAUCACGGCACACCCUACUAAGCAGUACUUUGCAGUAGGAGAAAAAGGAAAGAAGCCAAACCUCAUCAUCUACGAUUAUCCUUCACUGAGGCCCUACAGAAUACUGCGAGGUGGAACAGCGGAAGCCUAUGUUUUUGGUGAUUUCAAUGAUGCUGGCACUUUGCUGGCCAGUGUUGGGAGCAGCCCUGACUACAUGCUGACUAUCUGGGACUGGAAACAAGAAAAGAUAGUGUUGAGGUCAAAAGCUUUUUCACAGGAUGUUUACAAGGUCACAUUUUCUGCUGAUAAUGAAGAGCGACUAACUACAUCUGGAGCAGGACACAUCAGGUUCUGGAAGAUGGCUCUGACAUUCACUGGUCUCAAGUUACAAGGAGCUUUGGGCAGGUUUGGAAAAACAGCAGUGACUGACAUUAUAGGUUAUGUGGAGCUGCCUGAUGGGAAGGUUAUCUCAGGGACUGAGUGGGGCAACUUGCUGCUUUGGGAAGGGGGCCUCAUUAAAGUAGAGCUCUGUCGAGCUGGACACAAGCCCUGCCACAGUGGCCCUGUCAGCCAGUUAGUUUUGGAUGAAGGAGAACUUGUCACUGUUGGAAAAGAUGGCUUCAUUAGGGUGUGGAACUUUGAGGCAAUAGAUGCUGCUGAUUCUGUGGAUGACACAGGGUUACUGGAGGUGGAGCCUAUGAAUGAACUUCAUGUUGGCAGGAAUGUCAGUCUGAGUUUCAUGUCAAAAGUUCAUGACUGUGGACAGCCUGUUUGGUAUGCUCAGGAUACCAAUGGAGCAAUCUGGAAGCUGGAUUUGACUUUUUCAAAUAUGACCCGUGAUCCAGAGUGCCUGUAUACCUUUCACUCUGGAAGAAUUGAAGCCAUGAGUGUCUCUCCCAUUACAUACCUUCUGGCCACCACUGCUCUUGACC